AUGGAAGACACUUCCUCUACUACGAAAGAAAAUGUCACCAAUAAUAAUAAUAAAUUAGCUUAUGUGGAUUUAUCCCUCAAAUACAUUCCAGACGAUAAAGAUAGGCUUAAAUACUUGAGGAGGUUAUUAAAUCCUGAGUUUCCUGGAAAAUCGAUCUAUGGGAUGAAACUGAAAAAGACCUGGGAAAGUUUUGGAAAUCUUUGGAGAAUGCGAAAGUUGAUAAUAAUUCCUUCAGCUAUCCGAGGACCUAAUAUUAUCUUUAAUGAGAAAAUACAUCGUUAUCAUAUUACCGGUAAUCCCGGAAUUGGCAAAACCGUUUUCGGAUUUUACCUACUUUAUUUGCUUUCACAACAAAAUAAAACCAUUGUAUACCACAAAGUUUAUCAAUAUCCAAUUCUCUUCAACAAUCAACAUACCUUCUGUAGUGAUAACAUCUCUGACUUUAAAGGAUACUUGGACAAUACAGAUGUCUUGUAUAUUGUAGAUGGUCAACCACCACUCCAAGAUUGGGAUGUUCAAUCAUCUCGAAGAAACAAAUGUCGAGAAUUUGUUCUCACGUUGGGAGGGAUUCCUCGAUUCAUCCUAGAAAAAGCUCAAGAUUCUUCUCAGCAAAAUCAUUUCGAAGAUGCAAUUAGCAAGAGGAUUUGA